GCCUGCCGCCGUGCCACUCGAGCGGCCGGGGAGAGAGAGAGCGGGGAGAGGUGCGGGUGGGAGGCGAGGCGAAGCCAUGGCGGCGCAGAGCUUCUCCCCGGAGCGGCUGGCGCGCAAGUUAGCCAAAGCCGAGGCGCUGCUGGUGGCUCACGUGUCCCCGCCGGUCCGGGCCCGCUGGCGUUGGGCGGUGCAGCUGGACGGGCCGCCGGACCUGGAGCGCUUCUCCACGCAGCUCCGGGAGGCCCGGCGAGGCCGGGAGGCUCUGCUGGACCGGGACGCGGCGCUGUCGGAGCCCGAGCAGGAGCGGCUGCAGGGGCUGCUGAGGCUGGAGAUGGCUCUCUUGCGGGGCAUCCAAGCCUUGGUCGAGGGAAGGGGGCCGGCUCGGGUCAGGGCGGCGGCGGCGGCCGCGACGGCUCCGGCUGCGGCUGCGGCUCCGACUGCGGCUCCGGUGCCGACUACUGCGGCUCCUCCGAGGCGGCGGCGCGGGAGGAAGCCCGGCGUCUUAAGGGCGGCUCUGCUGGGGCUGGUGGCCGAGCUGGACGUCGCGAAGAGACAAAGCCUGCCCUGGGACGACGCGCUGGCUCUGCAGCUGGCCUUGGAGGCGCUGUCGGAGAAGCGGCCGGCGGAGGCCAUCCGGGCUCUGGAGCCGCAGCUGCGGCGGCAGGAGGAGGAGGAGGAGGAGGAAGGGCGCGGCCGGCCGAGGGGGCUGCUGGCUCUGAUGAAGGCCCUGCAGGAGGAAGGCUGGGCCGAGCGAGGGGACGAGCUGCCCCUGCGGGAGCUGCGGCCGCUGCUGGAGAAAGGGCUGCGCCUGGUGCGCAAGGAGCUGCUGAGCUGGCGGGCGGCCGACCUGGAGGGCGCCGACUGGGCAGGCUCCCCGGAGAUGGUGGUGGUGGUGAAGGAGGAAGAGGAGGAAGAAGAAGAAAUGACUCCGCGUGGGACGCUGCCCAAAAUCCCAGGAUGGCAGGAGAAGGUGGUGGUCAAGGAGGAAGAGGAGGAGGAAGAAGUGACUCCGGAUCGGACCGGGCCCAAAAUCCCAGGAUGGCAGGAGAAGAGGGUAGUGAAGGAGGAAGAAGAAGUGACUCCGGAUGGGACCGAAGCCCCCCUGAGGAAGGCAGGACUAGAACACGGCUCCCCUCAAGUGGCCCCCAUGGAGAGCUUCACCAAAGGCCCCUUCCGGCAACCUUGUAGACCGAGAAAGAGGCUGCCUACUGACUUCAGGUCUCCCUUUGCAAAGGAGACAGUUGGACGGCAGGCAGAGAUGGACACCGCCGGUUUGAAGGGCGUCCCGUGGAGGAAGAAGGAUGUCGCAAGAGGCCCCGUCCAGGAGCUUCUUGAAUCGGGAAAGACAAUUGCCCCCGACUUCAGGUCUCCCCGUCCAAAAAAGGCAACACUAGGACAGCAGGCAGAGACAGAGGUCCGCUUUAAGAAGGGUGCCACUGACUUCAGGUCUCCCUUUGCAAAGGAGACAGGUGGACGGCAGGUGGAGAUGGACGCCCCCAGUUUGAAGGACGUCCCGUGGAGGAGGAAGGACGUCGCAAGAGGCCCCGGCCAGGAGCUUCCCAACUUUGUGUCUCCCGGUCCAAAGGAGACGGCAUCGGGACAGCAGGCAGAGACGGAGAUCUGCUUUAAGAAGGGCGCUCCGUGGAAGAAAAUGGAGGACCUUCGGGAUGUCCUGCGGGUCAUCACCAGGAGGAAGAUGAGGGCUCUCUCCUGCUCCUUGUGGAAGCAAGGCCCUCGGAAGAUGUGCAGCCAUCUCCACCAGCUUUGCCGCCAGUGGCUAAAGCCAGAAAUGAACACGAAGGUUCGAAUGCAGGACCUGGUGAUCCUGGACCAGUUCCUGUCCUUCUUGCCCCCAGAGCUGGAGAGCUGGAUCCGGGAGUGUGGAGCAGAGACCAGUUGCCAGGCGGUGGCCCUGGCCGAAGGCUUCCUGAUGAGCCAGGCAGAAGAGCAGAAGGAACAGGGAGAGACGCAGGUGAGAGGCCUGCCCUUGGGCCUUCUGUUCCCGAGGACCGACUUGAAGCCCAUCGCUGAGAAUCUGGAGAAAAAGAGGGAUCCACCAAAGCCUUCUUGGGAUCUGCUCUUCAGGGAGAUCUUCCAUGAAGAUCAAAGUCAGGCCACCUCCAUCAGAGAGUUGGCAUUCAUAGAUUCGUCUCCUUUUUCGGCUGGUGUUGAAAAAGCAGCUGAAGGUCCAUCUCAGGUUCUCCCGUCUUUUCAAGAGGUGGCCGUGCAUUUUUCCGAAGAGGAAUGGUCUCUGCUAGAUCCAGAUCAGAAAGCUCUGUACCGAGAGAUCAUGCUGGAGAACUCCAGAAACUUAGCUUUUCUGAGAAAUCACGUUCAAGAGAACAAGGAAGCCUUCCAAACAUCCGGGGAUGAAGAGAAGAGAGCAGAGUUUGCAAAUCCGACGGAAACAAAAGAGCACGAAAGAAAUCUGUCAGGAAACGACAGCAAGAACAGCUCAAAUUCGCCCACUCCGGACAUUCAAUACUCUCUUCCCAAAGGAGAUCCGAAAGACAAAAUAAAAAUGGAAAGCGCAGAAACAUCUGAGGAAAGCUUAGAUUUAUAUGAAGAAUGCACAAUUCGCACUAAAGAAGAGACUCUGGGCCAAGAGGAUGAAGAAAAUUACAGGAAUAGGACUACUUUCCUUUCUGAAUGUGGAAAAACUGACGUGGAAAAUAAGCUACAUAAACAGAGUGGGAAACCCUUCGAUGAGAGUGGUUCCUUCGCUCCCAGGGAAAGGAUCAAUUCAGGGGAAAAGCCAUAUAAAUGCAUGGAAUGUGGAAAGAGUUUCAGCCAGCGCAGGUAUCUUACUUCCCAUAAAAUAAUCCACACGGGGGAGAAACCUUUUAAGUGCGCAGAUUGUGGAAAGAGCUUUAACCACAAGGCUAAUCUUAAUUCCCAUAGAAUGAAUCACACAGGAGAGAAGCCGUAUAAGUGUAACGAGUGUGGCAAGAAUUUUACCCACAACUUUCAACUUACCUCCCAUAAGAGGAUACACACCGGGGAGAAACCGUACAGAUGCGCGGUAUGUGGAAAGCGUUUCAACCAGCGCAGUAACCUCAAUUCUCAUAAAAAAAUCCACACAGAAGAAAAACCGCAUAAGUGCACGGAGUGUGGAAAGAGAUUUACUCAGAAGGGUAACCUUAAAUCCCAUAAAAGGAUCCACGUGGGGGAGAAACCUCAUAAAUGCAAGAAGUGUGGAAAGGCAUUCCAUUAAAAAUGGGUCUGGGGUCCCCAGCUUUUAUAGUUUGAUAGCCUGGGUGUGUGUGUGUGUGCUAUCUUGUGCAAGUUGAGCUGCGUGUGCACGCUGGCUCACCACUCACUCAUACAAGUUGACUUGUGUAGGCCUAUACGCCGGCCCGCCGCUCAUAACCACCCGGUUCUGAACGGGCCAGAGCCUGGUAGUGUUCUGCAGCCCAGGGACUGAGGACCCCUGCCUUCACUCUCCCCGAAAUGAUCCAUAUUGGAGAGAAGCCGUGUAAAUGCUUGGAAAGUAGAAAAGAAAUUCUGCGAAAAAUUCACGAAACCAGUGGUGGGAUUAAAAUAAUUUAACAACCAGUUCUCUGCCCUAAGGAUUUCUUCCAACAACCGGUUCACAAAACUGAUCAGAAAGUUCGCAACCGGUUCUCCCGAAGUGGUGCGAACCGGCUGAAUCCCACCACUGCAUGAAACCCAUCAGUUCAGAGGUCCAGCGCUUGGAGCUUCCGAAGUGUCCACUUCCAGGACAGUAAGGGGCCCAAAGAGAUUCCCGCCUGCCUACACCACCUUCGCCGUCGGUGGCUGAAUCCAGAAAGGCAACCACAUUUUCAGAUGCUGAAUCUGUUGCACCUGGAACAGUUCUCAGGUCCUGGCCUUGGCUGGAGCCUUCCUCCUGAGCCAGACGGAGGACAGGACAGGACAGGCGGCAAGUGGGAGUAAACUCUAAAUGGGAUUUUAAAUAAUAAAAAACUGUUUAAUUGUGAAA